AAGUAUCACAGUUUCCCGUCGUGAGACAAUUUGCCGGAUCUUCACCAUUAAAGAAUUAUUGUUAUCAGGUAACAAAAUAUAUAGAUUAUAAAGAGAACGUUCCAGGCAAAAACAGACUGUUUCUUUGGUCUCAUAUUUUAUUGGGACUCUGGUGGAGCUGUGGAGUAGGGAUUCUGACAAUGGCGGCCCUUGCAGAGAAAGAGAAGCGGCAUGUGGCGGUGUUCCCGUCGGCCGAAAUGGGUCAUUUCAUGCCCUUCCUUCAUCUGGCCCGAACGUUAGCAAUUCACCACGGCUUCACCGUCACAUUCAUCACCGCCACCCAAAACGUUUCUCCCACAGAAACUGCACACGUGCACCGCCUGGCUACCUCCGGCCUUGAUAUUCACGUCGUGAAGCUCCAGAUCGAAUCGCACGAAACCAGCGAAGACCCAUUUUUGGCUCAAUGGGAGGCCAUGAGAGCUUCCAUGCCCGCCUUCGAAAACCUCCUCACUUCAGAUCUGCUGAAACAGACUCCUCCCGUUUCGGCCAUCAUAACAGAUCCCGUACUCACUCCCACUUUGUCCAUCGCCGCCAAGCUCAAUAUCCCAAAUUAUGUUCUGUUCACGGCUUCUGCAUUUACACUGGGUCUCAUGGUCCAUGCCCCCCUUGCAGACGCACAGGGCUUCGGUUUCAGUGACGAGAAAGCCGUUCUACAGAUCCCGGGUUUUCCUGCGCUGCACGCUGAGCAGAUCCCCCAGGCGCUGAAGAUUAAAGAUCACAUAUUCCGCAGGGUUUUUCUCGCCAGCGGAUUGGAGGUCCCAAAGGCCUCGGGUAUUUUAGUAAAUACGGUGGAGGAGCUUGAACAACAGUGUCUGCAAAGUCUCCGGAGCAGAGAUGCCCUGCCGCCUGUGUAUGCCAUUGGACCCCUGUUUUUACCCUCGGAUAAUUCGUCCACGUUGGAUGACGAAGCCGAGAGACAGUGCCUCAAAUGGUUGGACGCACAACCUGCCAAAUCGGUUGUCUAUGUGAGCUUCGGCAGCCGCUCGGCCAUGUCAGCGGCACAAAUCAACGAGCUGGCAUUAGGGUUGGAAAGCAGUGAGCAGCGCUUUUUGUGGGUUUUAAGGACGUCCAUCGUCGAUGGUGCUGGUUCAAUGUUACCACCACUUCCACCAGGUUUUGAGGAGCGUGUUGGAGAGCGGGGGAUUAUUGUUUCUUCCUGGGUUCCGCAGGUGAAGAUCUUGUCCCACGUUUCCACUGGUGCUUUUGUGAGUCACUGUGGAUGGAAUUCUGUUGUGGAAGGUUUGUGUUGUGGGAAUCCUAUACUUGCAUGGCCUCUAGCUGGAGACCAGAUGAUUAAUGCUACCAUUGUGGUGGAGAAUGCCAAAGCGGGGAUUGAGGUGAGGAAGAGGGAGGAUGGUAUUGUGAGCAGAGAGGAGAUUUCGAGCGCUGUGAAGGCAAUAGUUGAGAGGAAGGAGCUGACUGAGGCAGCAAUCCGGUUCCAACAGCUCGGAAGAAUGGCCAUAAUGAAAGAGGGCUCGUCCUAUAAGAGCCUUAAGGUGGCAUUUCAGUAUUCAAACUGAUUGCGUUUCUGUUCGUUUUUUUUUAAAAUCGUGGGAUUGGAUGGAUCACUGGUCUAAAUGUUUGAGGUACGAUUUGACUUGAUCUUAUGAUUACACUGUCAAAGAUGACUACUUUUCUCUUCCACUGAAUGUCUUGACAUUGUUUAAGGAAGAUGAUUAUAAUAAAAGUAGCAUUUCAACUAUUAAACUGUUUGCUUUGCUAAUUUUUUUCUUUUUUUAAUCAUGGGAUUGGAUGGACCACUGAUCGAAGAUCGUAGGUGCAAAAGUGCUGCCUCGCUGAAUUAUAUAGUUGUUUAUAGUUUGUGACUCGGCCUUUUCUUCCAAA